AUGCGAGUCGCGAUUGGCGCUGUCGAGGUAGAGCUGGUACUCAUGCCGCUCUUCUUGCAACACCUGUGCGACAUGGGAGGCGCAGCUAUUGCGGAUUUACUGGUACGAGCAACUCAUCUAAAGGACGCAGAAAAGGUGGAGACGCUGGUCAAAGCCGCCUAUGAACGCUGCUGGGAAAAGCUACAUUGUGGUAGCUGGAAGGAAGUAUCUCCCGUGUGGCGCCAAGCUUUUGGACUUGCCAGUGUCCUGCAAGCAAGUUGUCUAUUCCGACACCAGGAGUCAUUGAAAUGCCUUAAGAUGCUCGAUAUGUGUCUGAUGAUGGCUGGACCUCUUGCUCCACCUGGAACGCACAAGCUCAUUGAUGGGAUCGAGCGACAGCUAGCUAGUGCAGGACAAACAUCGAACGAGAGGCGUCACUUCAAGAAACGUCGGCUGGAUGAAGAGGCGCUGUUCAUCAGCGACGAUAUCGAAGCCCAGAGACCACAGCUAAGGUUUCCUAUUCAAAGAAUGAAGAUGCCGACGCUUGAGGAGUUCUGUUACCAUAUGAUGCUGCGAAAUGAACCGGUGAUUCUUACGGGCGCGAUGGAGUUUUGGCCUGCACUUGGACGAGCUGCAGGACCCAAUCGCGCCUGGAAGAGCAUAAAGUACCUUCGCCGAGUCGCAGGACUACGAACCGUACCUGUUGAGAUGGGGUCAAGCUACUUGGGAGAAGAUUGGGGACAAGAGCUCAUGACUUUGAAUGAAUUUCUAGAUCGGCACAUUAUCCCAUCACUAGCCAAACAUAAGGACAAUAGUGAUGAUGAUGUUACUAGAACUAAACCUUCCUUGCCCAAAAAGCUAGGGUACUUGGCGCAACAUCGCCUUUUUGACCAGAUUCCAGCGCUGAGGCGUGACAUCAUUAUUCCUGACUAUUGCAAUGUGCAACGUAUUGAAGAUGAUGAUGCUGAAGAUGUAAAUGAAGACGAAGACAUUGCGAUCAAUUGUUGGUUUGGUCCUGGGGGAACUGUGUCACCUCUGCAUUUCGACCCCAAAGACAAUUUAUUGUGCCAAGUCGUAGGUGCCAAGUACGUGCGAUUGUAUGCACAAAACGAGAGCGAGAAACUCUACCCAAUAGAGGGUUUGCUUUCGAAUACAAGUCAAGUUCAAGUGAAAGAUCCAGAUGUCGAAAGAUUUCCUCAAUUUUGUCACGCAAAAUACCUCGAGUGCAUUUUACGUGAAGGUGAAAUGCUUUAUAUCCCUCCAAAAUCUGGAUCUAGGGUGACGCGAGCCGUACACGGUCACGCCAGCAGGAAGCGGGAGUCACUACUUGUUGCACCGCUACCUUUGGUUCCGCUCUACAGCAAACUUCGCUCUUAG